AUGCCGAAGCCGGCUCCGUGGCCUGGGGCAAGCAACUCAGCCGACUUGUCCAAGCUUCUGGAGGCAGAGCAGCACCGGAUUCUGGACUUGGCCCGUGCGCAGCAUGACGCCUUUGAGCAGUCGGUGCAGCUCUCGUUUUCAAAGAUCUUGCAGCUUGAAGCAGUAAGAAGUGCUGGGCAAAUGGCCAGCAAGGUGGAGAAAGAGGCGUCCCCGGUUCAGACCGACACUGCUAUUGGCCCAACCUUCGACAACUCAGUUCUCGAAGCCCCAAGAGCAGAAGAGGCUGGCUCACAGGACAAUGCCUGGACGGCGGAGCCCGCAUUGCCGUCACCACAUUCAGCGCAUUCAGCGCACUCUCUUGGACGGUCGGGCUCCUCUUUGAAGAAGCAGAAGACAAAAAGCAAUGCAGAGGAGCUCUUGGGACUUUCGCAGCUGGUCAGCCACACAAAGGAGUACAUUGACUUCGUGGCUGGUGCUUUGGUGCUCUUGAAUUCCUGCAUAAUGCUGGCGGAGCUUGAGGCUGAGGGUCUUGCCUGGGGAGCAAAGCUCGGACUUGGGACCGGGCCAUCAUUGACGGACGUAGUUCCCAUCUUUCAGACUCUUGACACUGCUUUCGUUUUCGUCUUCUCACUGGAGCUGUUUUUCCGCGUGGUACUAGAGCGCUGGGACUUUGUGCGUGAUGUGGCCAAUUGGUUUGAUGCCUUCUUGGUGGCCUUCGGAAUCAUUGACAUACUGCUUUUCGUUCAGAUGUCAGGAUCAGAGGCGCAGAACCUUGUCCUGCUUCGUUUGGUCCGUGUGCUGAAGUCAAUCCGAGCAAUACGAAUGCUCCGCACGUUCCGCUUCCUGAAAGGCCUCCGUUUCUUGGUCAAGGCCUGCUACUGCUUUCUUCCAUCUUUGGGGUGGUCAAUGCUGUUACUUCUGGUCUUCAUUUGCAUGGGCACGCUGGUGCUCGGGAAUUUGCUUCAAGAUUUUAUUGCUGACGAUGCAGCGAGCCUGGAAGACCGGCAGUGGGUCUGGGACCGCUACGGCACGGCCUCUCGCGCCAUGUACACCUUCUACGAGAUCACAUUUGCUGGCAAUUGGCCAACCAACGCCAGACCAGUCAUGGACAAGGUCCACCGUUUCUUCGUUUUGUUUUUUGUACUGUAUGUUACAACAAUAGUUUUCGCUGCGUUGAGGGUAAUAACAGCUGUGUUUUUGCGUGACACACUCGACGCUGCUCGGAACGAUGACGAAUCAUUAAUUGUGGAGCGGCUGCGCAACAAGACGAAGUACCUUGAAAAACUCGGCGACGUUUUUGAAGCAAUCGACGCCGACCACAAUGGCAUAAUUACAGAGGAUCAACUUAUAGAAAUUCUUGAGAUACCGAAAGCCGUCGCAUAUUUCCAAACCUUGGAUGUCGAUGUACUGGAGGGUGCUGCUUUAUUUCGCAUUUUGGAUAACGGAGACGGGAGGAUAACGCAUGAGGAGUUCAUUGACGGCAUCCUACGAUGUAAAGGCAAGGAUUCGAUGUUCCUCUUGGUAGCCAAGCAGUCUAAGUGUAACAGUUCAGCGCACGAUGUAUUUUUUAUACAUGAUUGCGACAAAUAG